UCUCCACGCAAUCUCAUUCCUCGGUGGCUGAAUGUGGUCACGCGAGACGUUUUCCUGCCCAAUUACUCCCAAUGUGGAAGGCUUAAUGAACUUGCGGCUGCAGCUUCAUGGAAGCGCGACAACUAAAGGAUCCACCCGAAGGCGCCGCGCGCGCGCGCGCACGCAUGCACAGGCAAGGCACCUUGAGCUGCCCCCACUGCGUGUUACGAUAGCGAGCCCACGAGCGGCUUUUGUCCCGUGAUGGGGAGAAGCGUCACAUGGAGGAGCCACGGUGCCGUCAUCCUGCUGGCUGUCAUCAUAAGCUCAUGUCGGGCCAUCAUUUUGGACUCCAUCCUGUGGAGCAGCGCCAACACCAACUUCACUCUAGGUCAAGGUCUGGUCCUCUCCCCUCAGAUUGGGGACAAGAUGGACAUUGUCUGCCCAAGGGCGGACGUCUCCAAGGGGGAAAAGGAGGAGUUCUACCGGAUCUACUUGGUUUCUCGAAGUCAGAUGGAGAGCUGCACCAUAAACAAGAAGGACACUCCUUUGCUGAACUGUGACAAGCCGCACCGGGAUGUCAAGUUCACGUUCAAGUUUCAGGAGUUCAGUCCUAACCUGUGGGGGCUGGAGUUCCUCAAGGGGAAGGACUACUACAUCACGUCCACAUCGACAGGCUCUCUGCAAAAUCUGGACAACACCAAUGGAGGAGUGUGCAGGACCAAAUCCAUGAAGCUGCUGCUCAGAGUCGGACAAGGUUCCUCAGAUCCUCGAUCAACACUGCAGGAAUCGCCGAGCAGAUUUCCACCGACCCAACUAAAACCGAACGCAAAGGAUGCAUCCGGACGUAAUGAUAGCGAGAACAAAACCGACGCGGGCUCAGAAGCAGGCCAAGUCAACCCCGGUGGCAAUGGCGGCUCGGCGCCAGGACUGCUGAUAUGGGUUGUCUCGGCCUGUGCGAUUCUCCUCCUCCUCAUCGUCAUGGUGUCGGUCGCGCUCUGGAAGUGGCGUGGCUGUGGCCCAGAUCGCCAGCAAUCCGCGUCUGUGUCCCUCAACACUUUAGCCGUGCCCAAACGGGACAGCAUCAGCAGCGACAACGCUGGCGAAAUGGUUUUUCCUCUGCAGGCCUCCGACAGCAGAUUCUGUCGACAUUUCGAACGUCUGAGCGGCGAAUACGGAGCCCCGGUGUACGUCGUUAAGGAGAUUACGCCGCAGAGUCCCACCAACGUUUACUAUAAAGUCUAAUUUUGGCGGGUUACAAUGACUUUUUUUUCCCCCUUGCUAAGAACAUUAUUGGCUCUGGGGAUAAAUGGACCAAUAUUUCAUGAGUCUUUUUUUGGGAACAGACAAUCAGAGUC